CAAAUGAAUAAUUUAUCGCAGUGUGUCGAUUCGGGGCGCGCGUCCCCGGGGGCCGCGCGCGGGGCCGCGGGGGUCCGCCGGCGGGGCGCGCGUCAGUCCGGCGCGAGCGGCCGAGCGAGCGCCAUGUCUGCGUGCGCGCCGCGCGCCUGUUGCAGGCCGCGCGCCCCGGCGACGCUCCUCGACAUCACCGCCAAAAUAGUGGCCGCGGCGAUCCCGUUCCAACGUAUAGAGGAACGCUAUGAGCGCAUCCCGGAGCCGGUGCAACGUCGUGUGGUGUAUUGGUCGUUUCCUAGGGACGAGAGGGACAUUUGUAUGUACUCGUCCCUGGCGCGAGCGCCCCCGGAUGACCACCGCAACAUCGCCUUCUGCCGCGGGCUGAAGCUGCUUGAAGCCGGUUGUGUGGAGAGUGUGCUACAAGUCGGUUUCCACCUGAGCGGCGUGGUGCGAGCCCCGGCGGCGGUUCCGCCAUGCUCGGAGCCCGAACGACUAUACAGGGUCACUGUCUCCUUCGACCGGUGUAAGAUCACCGGCGUGACAUGCAGCUGCGAGGCGCGGGACAUCUUCUGGUGCCAACAUGUUGUGGCGCUGGCGCUGUACCGCAUCAGGAACGCAGACUCCGUCCGACUGCGAGUGCCCAUAUCAGAAACCCUCCUCCAAAUGGACAGGCAGCAGCUCCAGAAGUUCGUCCAGUACCUCAUCGCUGAGCACCACACGGAGGUGCUGCCGACGGCACAGCGGUUAGCCGACGAGGUCCUCCAGGCCCGGUCGGCUAUUAACAGGAUCUGUGGUGCUCCGGACCCUACGGCUGGACCGCCGCCGGAUGCCCAUCAUGCUUGGCAUUUGGACGAGCAACAGGUGUGCGAGCAAGUCAGGGCGUACUUACUACAGGGGACUUAUUACAAUGCAAACAAGCAACUCAAUUCAUUAUUUUCUAAGGUAAGAGAAAUGCUCCGAGCCCAAGACUCAAACGGCCCUCGAAUGCUAAUGCUCAUGACUGAGCAGUUCCUCUCCGACCCUCGCCUCCUCCUCUGGAGGAACCAGAACACCCCCAUGACAGAAAAGUGCCGGCAGCUGUGGGAGCAGCUAGGGGCGCUCUGGGUCAGCAUAGUGCUGGACCCGGGCAGCAAUAAGCACCACAGGAUACAGUGGAGACACUUGUUGGAGAAGUGGAGCGCGGUGGAGGUGUGUCCUACUGAGGAUCCGGAUUACAGAUCGUUUCCAUUGUACGCGAGAGAAAGGGAAAGAAACGAGAGAGAUCGUGACAGAGACCACAGAGACAGGGACAGAGAAAGACAUCGAGAUAGGGAAGAAAGAGACAGGGAGAGGUUACGAGAGCGCGAGGAGAGGGACAGAGAAAGACACAGGGAGAGACAAAGGAGAGAAAUGCAUUCCCAUUCGGAGAGUUCCGAUGAAGAGCCUAGACCUAAUAAUUAUGAACGAGAAUACAGGAGGGCCAGUAAGAGAUUAAGACUUCACAACCAAAGGCCGGCGCCAUCGCUGACGCCUCGAACAGUUUUCCACAAAGCGCUGGACGCAGUAGACAUAUCCUGGGAGAAUGAGCAUCUAAAGAACAUCCUCGGCAGCGAUGAGUACGCGGACUGCGAGAAGGGCAAGCCGGGGGGAUCCAACACCAAGCAGCCUUACCCUAAGUUCAAUGACCUUGGACAACCUCUGUGGCACGAGCACUUACCCGUGGUGGGUGCGCGGAUAGAAGCGCUUCGGGCGCACGGGCGUGCGCCGGCGGCGCUGCGGCUAGCGGUCAGCGCCGCCAGGGCCAUGCGGCAUCGACAGGAGGUCGCCCAGCAGCGGUGGCAGGAGGCGGGCGCGGGCGAGGCGUCGUCGUCGGGCGGCGCGCGCUCGUGCCCGGGCGCGGAGGCGUGCGCGGGCGCGUGCGGGGGGCGCGUCCAGCUGUCGCAGGUGUGCGCGCACAUGGACCCCGGCGCCUGCCUGCCCGGCGGGCCCACCUGCGCGCUGUCGCACUCGCACCGCUGUAUAGGGAGAGACAGCUUAUGCUGGACGGGCUGGACGCUGGAGGCAAUUUGGUGCGUGUACGAAUGCCUCGCGGACGCGUGCCUCGCGCCCGACGACCAGCGCGCCUCGCCUCGCCUCCACACCUAUUUGGACGAGGAGCCGAACACUGGUUUGCCUCCUAGAUACCAGCACGUCCCCGUAGCAGGCAGUAAGAACCCCGAGGAAACGUACUUGGCACUAGCUCUAGAAGCAGCCCUUCUAGGGCUGGGGUUACAACGAAUGUUACCAAGCGGUCUCUACGCGCAGGAACGGUACUGCAAACAGGAGGAGCGAUUAAUAGGUCAACUGCAGCGCGUGGAAGGCGAAGCGGCGGCGGCGGUCGGCGCGCGCGUGGCGACGGCGCUGCUGGACGGCGGGCCGUCGUCAUGUCUCGGCGCAAGAGUGCACCCCCGCUCGGCGCCGGCGCACACGUUCGCGCGGUUCCUGUUCCUCGCGCUGCUGCCCGCCGAGCCAGAGCUAGCGUAUAGAGUGGGACUGCGGGCUAUGAGAUUACCAAUGGUGGAAGAGGCGUACGCGUUAGACAGCGCCGGCGGGACGGGCGCGGCGGGCGGCGGCGCGGGCGCGUGGCACACGCUGCAGCACGCCGAGCAGCAACAGGCGGCGCUCGCCAGCGCGCUCUUAGGAGCUGCAAGAGGCAACCCAGGCCGCCUCCGAGCCGCGCUAGCCGCGGCGCAACGGCACGUGCGCUCGGCAGCGCAGCUGUUCCGGCUCGCGCAGGACGCGCUGCGCCACGCCGCGCCGCCCGACGCGCCGCACCACCACCGCGACCUGCUGCACGCCGCCUUCGAGCUAGGACUGCAGGUGCUACGGAUGACAUUAUCGUCCGUGAACUGGCGGAGGCGAGAGAUGGUCCGCUGGUUAGUCACGUGUGCCACGGAGCUCGGACUCGACGCGUUGCUCUCUAUCAUGCAGAACUGGUACGAGCUGUUCACGCCAACGGAGGCGACGGGGCCGGUGGCGGCCGCGGCCAUGUCCCACGCCACGGCGCUCCGACUGGGGCUCAGCUUCGAGCAACAGGAGAAACUGAGUGCCUGCGCGAGAACGCUAGCCUUACAAUGCGCCGCCAAGGACCCGCCGGGCUGCGCGCUGAGCGCGCUGUCGGUGUGCGAGGGCUCGGCGGGCGCCUUCGAGGCGGCGUGCGCGGCCGUCGGCGGCGCGGCGGCGCGCGGCGCGCUCGCCUCCAGCCAGCUGUUCGCUGUGGCGCGCUACAUGGAGCAGCGCGGACAACCCGCCAGAGCGAUGAGGCUGGCCACGCUGGCCAUGAGGAACCUGCACCUCCACUACAACCAGGACAGCCAUCCAGCAAUAGCGGACAUCCACUGGGCCGUAGCGUUAGCACAUUCGCUGGGUCGCGCGGAGCUGCAAGCCAUGUUGCCUCUACUCGUCAAGAACGUCCAAUGUGCCCCAGUGCUGUCGGACGUGCUGCGGCGCUGCUGCGUGGCGGCGGCGGGCUGCUCGCGCGCGCGGCCGCCGCCGCCGCGGCCGCCCACGCCGCUGCGGCCGCUGCUGGAGGCCGCGCUGCGCGCCUACGCCUCCACCACGCACGCGCGCCUCGCGCACAUCUCCCCCCGGCAUUACGCCGACUUCGUCGAGUUCCUGGGUAAAGCUAGAGACACAUUCGCGCUCGCACACGACGGUCCCCAUCAGUUCGCGGCUCUGUUACAGGAAAUCAAACUCAAAUACAAGGGCAAGAAGAAACUAAUGUUCCUCGUUAAAGAGCGCUUCGGCUGAACGCUAAGGCCAUAUAUAUAACGGUUAUUUUUGUAUGAACACUGCCGAUUUUCGUUUUGAAAAACGGCUUUAAGUAACCAAGCCCUGUAGACAACAUGCCAAUCGCUCUGUCACUGUCACACUAAUAUAGAAGAGUGAUAGAGACACAAAGCGAUUUGGUAGCGAAGCGCAAGCUAUUACCACCUUGGCUAGGCCGGUAGUAUUCUCUUACAUAAUACCUGAUUAAAUUGGUUUGUCCAUAUCGAAAUCUUCCAAAAAACUGGAUUACAUUUCUUAAUCUAGAAAUAAGCUUGACUGCCCCAUUGACUGACGAAAUAUUAAUAUCAAAAAUUGCGUAUUUGAAAAAUGUAUAAAUGUCUCAAUUUAACAUGUCAACAAAACUAGGUCCGUUCGUCCAUGAACCUUUGGAGUAUUGAGGGUGGUUCGUAGCACAAAUGUCAGUUUGGGAAUCUCGAAUGUUCCAGAAUCGAUAGCAAACGCUGUUGUUAUUUCAGAAAUUAUUCCAGUCCGUUAGGUUAGUAAAGUGGACUUCAAUGACACAUCAAAUGCUGUAUUUCUUCAAUGAUAUCGGAUCUCUAAAUCAGAAUGGCUGAGACUUACAUUUUUUUAUAUGUAAUAGGAUUAUUUUUUCAUUGCAGCAGGGCGAAAGAAUCACCUUUACUAGGUAGCCUUAAUAUUACAGUUUGUAAUCGUGACAUUUUAAAGAUCCGUGUUGUACGCUCUGCUACAUUUUUUGUUACAUUAAAAUACAGGGUGUUACUGACCAUCGGGCUUUAAAUCCAGGGCUCGAUUCUACUCGCUAAACUGAGCUACUUUUAUUAUGGCACCAACCCCGAAAUCCCGAAUUUUUCGACGUCGACGUUUUCUAUGGAUAAGCCAAAAAAAGAUCCCUGAUUUUAGGGUUGGUCCCAUAGUAAAAGUAGCUCAGUUUAGCGAAUAAAAUCAAGCCCUGGAAUUAAAGCCCUAUGGUCAGACACAUACUGUAUAAAAGUGUUAAGCGCUAGCCAGUAUUCCAACGCUGUUUUGUUUUUAAAAGUGCAAUCGAUCCGUUUAUGUUUUUUUUUUUGUUAAAUGCGUGCAAUAUGGCGCCGUUAUUAACUGUUGUCUAUGUCUAUGGCCAUAGACGAAAUCGUACUUUUACCGGUAAGGUAAACACCAAUACCUCAUACAUGGUAACACUGUGUACCAAACCAGUCUAACGUAAAGUAUUAUUUUUUAUUUAAUGCAUAGAUAAUAGACCUCAGAAAUGUCAUUUUAAUGUAAGUAAAUAUUGUAAUGAUCUCAAUGAUUCCAUUUUGUGUAAAUAGACUUAAUUGGUGUAAAUAUAGAUAAGCUUAGGGAUCGAGGUAUGUACGUAUAGUUUCUUUUCGGUUUGUGCGAACGAUUUAUUUUUCUGAUCCACAAAUGUAAAUGAAGCAAGGAUACUCUGAACAGUAUUUCUUAUAUAUCAUAUGUUAGGGUGUUUGCACAGACCUAGGAUAGUAUAGUUCGCCGUCGUAUAGCGUCCUUUAUGGAAUCAAUCAAUAAAUAUGACACAACACCAAAGAAAUAUUAAGAUAAGUCCAAAAGUGUGAGAUAACCGUGCCGUUCUCUCUUUAAAUGAUCAUCCACUCUCUUCUCUCUGGUGUCUUUUAUUCAACAGCCUUGUUCGUUUUUUAAAUAACUUGAUAUUUUUUGUUUUAGCCAGACUGAUAAUUACUUAUGGAUCUAGAACCACUUAUUUCCGCCUCUUUGUUUGAAGCUCUCGUGUUCACUUGUUUUUGUUAGUUAUAAUUGUUUUUUUUUCUACAAGCUUACGUUUGACUAGAUGGCAAUUGGUUAAUAAAGUGGAGGCUAAUAAAAAAAGUCUGUCAAGCCAUUUCCUUCAGUAGAAAAAAGCGGAAAAUUAAAAAAAAAUUACAGCUUGGCAACAAAGAGUAGAAAUUAAAAAAUGGCAACACUGUAGUGUCGUCCCUUUCAAACCAAUUCGUAUAAGAAAACGGGACGACAUUACAGUGUUGCCACUUCUGAAUUUCUACUCUUGUUGCCAAGCUGUAGGCGCCAAGGACGGGACGGGACGAUUAUUCCCAUAGAAAAUUUAAAUUUCUCGCCUUUUUCUACUGACAAACUUGUUUGACCGGCUUUAUUAGUUUUUACUUCAUUAUCCAAUUGACAAGUAUGUUUCGCAUAUUAUUUUACUUCGGCGUCUUAGACUCUGAUAUUUUUUAUGAACUUGUAACUUUCACUCUAAAGUAGCGUAGAUAAACUAACAAGAAGUGCAUUUAUAAAGAUAGAUGUUAAUGUUUAAAUAGACAUUCGGAUAGUGUUCAAAUAUUAGUAUGAAUUGGAAAUAGUUAUUAAGGAUGAAAACGGGGAAUUUUGUACUUUUUGUGGUGUUGUGGGUUGCCAGUCUUAAAAUAUUUAAAUUUUACGGAAACUGCCAACCCUAUUAUAAUGUGUCAAAUAAAAUAGUCACACCACACAUGACUGUCUCUAAUUUGUUUCGUUUUAUAAUUAUUGUAUAUAAAUAUUAUUGGUAAAGUAUUUAGUUACAGCGCUGAGUGUUCAAAUACUUGGAUGUUGUAUGUAUUCGAUCUGGGAUUGGCACAAUUUUAUAAUCAGAAUAAUAAGCUUUUGUUCCCUUUAUAAAAAAACGAGCUUGAUGUUCAUACAUUAAAAUGAAAAUAGCUAAUUCGCACAUCAAGAAACAUUAAGGGCGUUCGCUAGUUGGCGCGGUUGCACGGAGUGGGUGAGCGGGUUAACGAAAAAUGUACUCUGUCAAGCCAUUUCCGUCAGUAGAAAAGAGCGGCAAAUUUAAAAAAUGUAGGCGCGAAGGGUUAUCGUCCCAUAGACAAUUUUAAUUUCGCGCCUUUUUCUACUGACAAACUUAUUUGAACGGCUGUAGUAUGAGCAACGCUAACUGGCGCGGAUGCGUGCGACGCGUGCGUGCGCCGACGUCGACUCCGUACAGGGCUAUAACCGCGAAAAUCGAAGUUCGCAAUUCGCGGGCAUUUUUCUCUGUCACUCUAAUUACGCCUUCAUUGGAGUAAAAGAGAAAGAUCGCCGCAAUUUGUGAUUUUCGGUUUUCGCGGUAGCCCCUCAGGUGCGCCAGCUAGCAGACGCCAUUUAAUCAAAAUUGGACUAUGUCUUGAAUAAACCUACAUAAAUGAUAUAAUGACAUAAAAUAGCGUGUUCAAAAUAUGUCUAUCGGCCUAGAAGUGAAUGUAUAAAAGGGAACAAAGUUGCAAUCAGAAAAAAGAGGUUAUUAGUUUCGAAUGUAAGAUGACUCGUCAAAUUGAACGCACUGGCCACGACAUUGCGCGACUGGCUUCGUCUAAGACGACAACCAUAGGUUGGAGCGAGACACCGCAAUUGGAUCUUUCGUUCCUACCUAUGGUUGUCGCCUUAGCCGAAGCCAGUCGCGCAAUGUCGUGGCUGGCGCGUAGUAGAGUAGACAAAUGACUACCGCAGUUUCGAGGUUUGUCUAAGUCUACGAUAUAUUUUGCAUUUUCAGCGCCAUGUAAAAAAAAAUGUAAUUCGGACUGAUAAACAAAAUAUUAAUAUUAUCACUGCGACAUUCUAAAACUUAAAAACAUUCAGUUGAUUUUCGCUGACUGUUCGUACAGUUAAUUGUAAAAUAUGGGUGCACUCAUCAUAUUCAAAAAUAUGUCCCGAUCUUACGUCAGUGAAUUAAGUACUACAUACUCAAAAAUAUGUCCCAUAGCUCGUAUUAUGUCAGCGAAUUAAGAACUAUGGGACAUAUUUUUGAGUAACUAGUAUGCUCCCAAAUUUUUACACUCGACUGUACAUAAUGGUACAUUUAUUUUGGUUACCCAGUCUGAACCAUGGUACAAACUGUACAUUUUGUACUUAUUCGUAAGUAGACUGUGUAAAUUUAGAAGCAAUAAUUUCGCCUUAGCCGGCCUGUGUUUCAAUGUUUACUGAAAUUGUAUAAUUCAUUGCUUAUUUGUUAAUUUCGCUCAAAAUAUUGGUAAAUAUAGAUCAAGCAGAUCUUGUCAGUAGAAAAAGGCGGCAAAUUUGAAAAAUGUAGGCGCGAAAGGAUAUCAUAUCAAUAUAAAAUUUGAAUUUCGCGCCUUUUUCUACAGACAAGAUUUGCUUGACCAUUUAUACUUGAAUUCUUUUUAACAAGAACCUUAACAACAUUGAUAUAUUUGUUAUGGAAACCAGUAGCAAAAGAGCGAGAUCUUUCGCAAAUGGUUUGUGAAAAAUUUGUAUUGAUACCAAUAUCUUGGGAGUAAUUAAUUUUAUUAUUUAUUAACAGUGAUCGUACAUUUUCUAGCAUUUUUGGUGCAGCGGAGUGGCGUUAACGGAAUUGGUUUCGAUCACUGUUUAUUAAUUUUUGUCAGCAUUUCAAAUUCAUUUCCAUUUUAUCGCUUAUUGGUUAAAAAAUAUAUAUUGUUACAUGUAGGAAUUGCUAUGGCAAUUUUAAUAUUUUCUUUUAAAUAUUAAGACUGACAAGGACAUAUUAAAAAUACAUACAUGUCAUAUAACUUCAACAAUUGUACCAACUUAAUAAUAUUCUUUGCAUUUUACAAAAAUAAUAUCAAGUACUUUUUUCAUCUCACUCUGUAGUAUCUUUAGGUAUGUGGACAGAAGAGUGACAGCAAAUCAAUCAAGUUCGACAAGAAAUUGUAGAAAAUUAUUGAGGGCGCCACUUGCUACGUAACUGUCACAUUUUGACAUAAAAUGCUUAAACAUGGCAACAAUUUAGUAUGAUUUUUUUUUUAGGUUCAUUUUAUUUAAUUAUAGUACAUUGUGCAACAUGGGGCGUAAGUUGAAUAUUGCAAACGAGAGUAAGUUAAAUCGCGACAGCUUGCCGGAGCGAUUUAUAGACUCGAGUUUGCAAUAUUAUUACGCCCCGAGUUACACACAAUGUUUUUCAUCACACUUGCGAUACAAAAAUUAAGUAUAAAGACAAAAAACUGUUAAUUAUGGCACUAGAAACUUCAUAACUCCCUAGGGAGAACGCUUUUUCUAUAACUCCCGCUAAACCUGCGUGCAAUUCCACAUUUACUGAGCGAGUGUUAUGAAAACUAUUUUAUGUCCACUACAGGUUCGACUACGUAGGACUUCCUAAAGAACGUCACAUAAAGUUUCUGUCACUUUUCUGUCCACUAAGAAAUUCAUACAAAAGUCGACUUGCCAAAUUGUAACGCCAAACCUCAAGUGCCUUCAGGCGAGUCCAUUGCGCCAGGCCGGCUGUUCGAUUCCCAACCUUAUUUGUACGUGCUCAGUGUCGAUUAUAUUUUGUAAUUGUGUUGUACGUAAAACGUUGACACCCUUCAGUGUUGGUAUGACGAAGGUGAUACUUUCAAUAUAAAUAAUUGAAAACU